CAACCAGAGCUUUGUGUGUCAUUAAUUCAGUGUACGGCGACGCGUUACCGGAGAGCCCUCGUUAGACGACCAGCGGCACGGAGACGGAGGACGGCACCGACCGCUGGAACCGAAACGGAAACCCUUGAUAUCACUAUUGCAAUAAAACCAGUGGGUGUUUUUUUUUUAACAUUUUUACAAAUUCAUUUUUUUAUGAAGAUGAAGGCAUCUUGAGGAUGGCUUGUUUGGACUAAAAGUCUGCAUCAUCGCGCACGAAAGGAGGGAUUUCUUCUCUCUUUUUUUUCCAGCAUCAGCUUGGAGUAAAAAUACAUCACAGGAAGGAGGACAGAAGCUCGGAAGGCAUGUCGUCGGAAAAACACGGUCUCGAUGACUCCGGCCGUCAGACCAUGCAGCCUCCUCCGUACCUCUCCGGACCGCAAGACCCAAACGCGCCCCAACACCCCAACAUGCAGCCAGCACCGGGCAACCAGCCCAACUACCCUCCCCCGCCCCCUCCCCCGGGCUCAGACGGAUACCUCCAAGAAACACAGUUCCACUGCGGCCCCCUGAAUCCUCAGGGGGCCCCGCAGGGCUACGCGGUCCAGACCCAGGGCCCGGGGGGGGCCAUGUCCCACGCCCCUGUGGGAUACCUUCACCCGGGCUACCCGCUUCAGCUUCAGCCCUGCACAGCCUACGUACCCGUCUACCCCAUGGCGUCGGGACAACCAUACCUGCCGGCCGGGGGAGGGAUCCCACCGGGCCAGAUUCACCCCAUGCAAAUGCCACCGAGCAUCACCUUAAUGGACCGUCGGCCGCCACACGACUACCUGCCCAUCGCCGUGCUCACCACCGUCUGCUGCUUCUGGCCAACAGGCAUCAUUGCGAUCAUCAAAGCAGUGCAGGUGCGCACGGCGAUAGCCAGAGGGGACAUGGUGACGGCGGAGAUAGCCUCCCGCGAGGCACGCAACUUCUCCUUCAUCAGCCUGGCAGUCGGCAUUGCCUCCAUUGUGCUGUGCACCAUCCUCACCGUGGUGGUCAUCAUCGCCUCGCAGCACCACGACGACGACUGGGAUCCGUAACGCCACACAGCGCCAGACAGAUGGGAAAACAUGGCAUCUAUUAGCAAGCUAAUCACUCUCAAUCGUUUUGGAGGAAGUAGGAGCACCGAGAACGUACACAAACUGCGACUGCAUUGCUGGCCCUGCUGUGUACAGCUGCACACACACACACACACACACACACACACACAGUUCUGACCUUACCCGCUACCGUGAAUCACAUAAAACGACGACCAAAAACCACCAAUCACAGCUAAUGAUCCAACGCCAAAUACGAGCAGCUGUCAGAUGAAGCUUAAUAUUUACACUCAGAUAAGAGCUGCAUGAGAAGCAAAGCUCCUUGUGUUCAUUCAUUUGACGUUGAUUAAUUCAUAGGUACCCGUGUUAAAUAUUCUAAAAACUAAAUCUACUAAAUGGGUCCAUGCAGUUUAUUUUUAGGAUAUUUAAAUGCACAUUUUAGUGUUACAAGUUUAAAAAAAGUGCAGUUUACCUCUUUUAUUCUUUAAAAAGAAGGAAAAGUGCAAUGAUGAAACAAAGUUGAUUUUCAGAAUACAGCUGAGAGAGAUUGUAAAACUGAUUAAAAGUGUUAAUACACAUUUAAAACACCAUCAUUCAUGGAGACUGACUAAUGUAACCAAACAGAGUAUUUAUCCAAUAUUGUUUUUCCGUACGCUGACUGGAUAUUUUAGCUGGAGGAGAUGAUAAUUAAUUAUUAUAGUUUGUUUGUUUGUUGAUUUAUAUAAAAUGUUUAUUUAUGAAUUCAUUCAAUAUCUACCCAUGCAUCGACUUUGUCUGCUAUAAUUUACAGUAUAUCGUUUAUUGCAGCUGUCUGACACUUUGAAAUAGGCUUAAAUUUGAUAUGUGAUGCAGUAACAAGACGAGACAAUGCAGCUGCUUACCUUCAUAGUUAGUUAUAGAGCAUGAUGAAUAUAAAUUUGAGCUAAUAGGGCGUCUAGUGCAUUAAUAGCUCAUCGCCCAGCUGUUGGUGCAAAUAUUUCCUGAAAGCGUGUGGUAGUUUGUUUUCUUUCUCAAUCAAGUUACCGUCCAUAAAAUGAAAUGAGACCAUUUUGAUGAUUAUUAUAUAGUAUUUGGAUCUGAUGUUGGCAAAUAUUGUUUUUCGCAAGUAUUUUAGGAGCGUGUUGGCCCAUUUUGUGUUGCACAUCUCUUGGCUCUUUACACUCCCAGACACUGUGUUUGAAACUUCAGUGCAACGUCAGACCUGUGAGGCCUCAUAGCCCUGCAUGUCGUCCUCAGUUUGUUUCCAUCCGUCUUACAUGUUGAGGUCAGAUGUGCGACUGUGAGCUCCGAUGACGACGUUUCACUGUAACACAAUGAGUCAGGGUUUCAUGUGUUUGGUCUCCUUAAUGCAGCAGCAGCAGCAGAUGUGCUGUUGUUUAUAAGAGCCAACAAAGCUGUAAGUCAACGUUACUGUAUGAACUGUUGUAUGAGGUUCAUGGGAGGAGCUGAAAAUGAAUGUUUCCAGUAGGAGAGAGGGAAAAUAUUAAUGCCUAUACUGUAUUGUAGCACUUUCCCCUCAGUGAAAUCUUUCCUCUAUUCCUCUUCUUUUUGCUGUCUUUUUGUCUUUCUCCUGUUCACAUGAGUUAUUGGACCUAUCAAGAUUUCUCCUCUGACCCCCUUUCCUACAUUGGAUGAUGAUACUAUUUUUAAAAGAGUCAUACAGAGAUAUUAAAGAAUAAUGUUUGUUAAUAAUGAACAAAAAGAGAGACAGUAUAACUACAGUAUAUUAUGUUGUUUAUAUAUUAUUAUUGUUUUUGUUAUUUCCAACUGCGUUGCACUUGAUUUUCACUCAUGUAUAAGUACAUCCGGGCACAAAUCUUCACUAAAAUAUGUUCCUAAAAGCCAACUUGGUAAUAAAAAGUAUUUGUUAUUUUUUUGAAACCAUGUUUAAAAGCAAUCUUCAUUUUAUUUUACUCAGUGAUCAAUUUUCCCACCUAAAUAUGUAUUUUUAACAAUUAAAUGUAAUUAAAUUGGUUAGUUCUACUCAAUGGGACAAAAUCUUACUUGCUUUGUUUCAAAUGACAAGAUCAAUGUCACAAUCUGUGUGUCGAGAUGAAGCUACGGCCCAACUUAGCUUAGCUUUGAGAAUUUAAAAAGAAGGAUCUAGCUGCCCGGGUCCAUCAACUUGUUUUAGAGAUAGAACGCCUUAAUCAGUGAGCUUUAAAAGGGUCCUACUAAGAUUACAAUUGGAUGAAGCCAGACUUGCUUCCCCCCCCCCCCCCCCCCCCCCCCUGUGGCUAAGCUAAGCUAAGUAGCCUCUCGCUGUGGCUUCACAUACAUCGUCCCGAUAUCAAGAAAUGUUGUUGAAUAGGGGAACAAUUUCACAUAAUCCCAUUUGACAAGUGCAAUCCUGUCCUCAUUUGAGUGACUGAGUGACAUUUCAGUGUUAAAAGAGUAAAUGAAGCACAGUAUUGUAUAGUAUUAUAAUAAUUGUACAGAAAGCUCGGGCGGUGUGUGUGUAUCUAACGAAUAGUCACUAGCAUAUCUACGGUUAGUUUAUACAGCGUGGCUUCCUCUCCCUCUUUGCUUUCUGAUGGGGAUCUUCAACAUGACGGAGUUCUUACAUGGCUGGAAGAUGCGUUUCUUGUUUUCUUAUUAUACUGUUUUUGUUUUUGAGCUUGUAAAUGCGAUGGGUUGCUUGCUUCAAAGAGGCACAAAUGACCUGUGUACUAGUGGUCCUCUUGGGGUUUACUACUAUAAUGAUGUUCAUGGCUGUGUUGCACACACGUUGGUUGUUUCUGACUUCAGUUGUAAAGAAAGUUGUAAUGAAUAAAAAAAAAAAUCAUUUUUCGUUGAUAGAGA